CACAUAUGAGCCAGACGUGCAUGUCCAUCUCAGACAUUACAAAAACGCUGGUGUUUAUUUUUGUGUCCAGAUCUUGGCAGAUAAUCCAAUCAUGGAUGGCCAGUUGCUCAGACCUACCGCCCGGACUCUAAUGUACUGUAGGUACUGUACGCUUAGGCGCGUGUAACAGGGUCUUGGCCUGAGGGGAAGGCUGGUAUAUUAAGAGAUGGGUUCGUCGCCUCACGGUGUUGAGAAAGAAAGAGGCAGGAAAAGAAUCUCUCUGCAUUUGUCUGUCUGUCUGUCUGUAUACACUCAAAGACGCUGAGCGUUCUUUUUUCCUUUUUGUCUCUUUUUUCCUUUAUCUGUUAUUUCCUUAUUUCCUAGGGUCAACAAGUUCUCUGUCUCAAGUCUCGUUACGGUCGAUUAUCUAUAAACAUUGGAUUUCUGUUGUUUCUUGGGUUCAAUUUCUCUUAACGGCAUACGUCUUGACGACUCGAAACAAUACCGACACGCUUAUACCCUCGAUAUCAUACACAAACACAUACACACAAACCACUCUCUAUACUCGACCAACUUUAAGAUGCAAUUAUCAACACUUGUCGCUUCUGUCCUCGCGGUGACUGCCUCUGCAGCACCAACCUAUCCUACUGCUACUGUCACAAAUGCUGGAUCCGCCAUUGACACAUUAGGGUCAUUGUCUGGUUACUUCAAUUUGGUAGCGGAUAAGGUCAAGGCGGUCAAGUCCUUUGGAACGGCUCCUGUCUGUGAUCUCUCACAAGCCAAGAUGCCUCUCGAUGGUCAGCUACCUUCCCCAGCCAAGGGUCUGAAGCUGGUUCAUGUCGCUAUCGGCCGGGGUACACAAAACUAUACAUGCGAUACCAGCAAACCUUCGUCAGCCCCCGUUGCUACUGGUGCUGUAGCCACUCUCUUCAACGGCAGCUGCGUCGCCGCGAUGUACCCAGAUCUGAUCGAACGCAUCCCUGGAAUGGCCGUUCACUUCCCUCUAUCAGACGCAAACAAGCUUGGCCCUGCAUCUCUCGCUGAGUCUGGUCACCAUUAUUUCACCGCCGAUGGUACGCCCUUCUUCGACCUCCGCACUCCCAACCAAGACAUUGGCGAGGCUCCAUGUGCAAAGAACAGCAGCGCUCCUGCUCCAUCUCUCUCUGCCAAGGGACAGCUUGGUGAGAAUGCUGUACCAUGGCUCAGACUCACCACCAUUCAAGGUGCUACCCACAAGAUGAAGGAAGUCUACCGAACUACAACAGCCGGCGGCAGCGCCCCUGCAACUUGCCAGGGUAUGGAUGCUGAAUUCGAGGUUGAAUAUGCCACAUUAUAUUGGUUCUGGGCUGGCGAUAUUGAAGAAGAUGACGCGUAAAGUGAAAGAAAGGGAGCAACUGGAUUUUCAUGGGUUGGUAUUAUUUUGAAUUUGAUGGUAUUCUUCUCUUAUACACGUAGAUAGUAUUGCUUUGGACGUAAUAUCCCGGAUGUUAGCGACAUGGAGGUCAAUAAUUCAACUUGUGACUUGAGC